AUGCAACCAAACUUUCACAACUUUUCUCUCAUAAUGGAAAACUGGGGUCGCAUCGAGUUCAAACUUUACGACGACGUCGUCCCCAAGACUGCAACCAACUUCCGGGCCCUUGCGACGGGCGAAAAGGGCUUCGGUUAUGCAGGCUCUGCUUUCCACCGCGUAAUUGCUGGGUUCAUGGCCCAGGGUGGUGACUUUACUCGCGGAAAUGGAACGGGGGGCAAGUCCAUCUAUGGCGAGAAGUUUGCGGAUGAGAAUUUCCAGACAAAGCACACCAAAGGCGGCCUACUCUCCAUGGCAAAUGCUGGACCCAACACCAAUGGUUCUCAGUUCUUCAUUACUUUCGUGAAAACCCCCCACUUGGAUGGCAAGCACGUGGUCUUUGGAGAGGUUGUCUCCGGUCAGGAUAUUCUCCAGAAGAUGGAGAGCAAGAGCUUGGAUCGCUCUGGAAAGACUGAUGGUACCAUUAAGAUUGCCUCUUCGGGAACAGUCUAA